CGCUUAUUGGUCACACUGGGGCUUAUGAUUAAAAAAAACUGAACUGACUCCAAUAAAAACGUGAGGUAGAAAAAGCGAAUUAGGUUGACAAUUAAUACACACAGCAGACGCACGGUAACCAGCCGCCAAUACCGAUACGAACGCGCGGCGGCAACAGCAAGUGCGCAAGUAAAAGUCCAUAUCAAACGCAAGCUACCCGCAGCCGCGGGCAGUUAAAUUCCGAAAUGCGUCCACGUAGUGCAAAAUCCGAAUCUCAAUUCGAAUUCGAAUCGGAAGUCCGGAUGUCUGCGCCCUUUUUAUGCUUUUUUCGAGGGUGCGGCUUAGAUCGGCGUGCACCUGCCGUCCAAAGUGUGAUUACGAAAUCCGUCUAGCCCAGCAGCUCUCUUCCCCCCACAAUAAACACACACAAGCUGCUCUUGGAGCCAAUCACCCGCAACCGAUAGCCACACGAAACCAUCAGGAUGUUCAUCUGGGACUGGUUCACCGGAGUGCUGGGAUACCUGGGUCUGUGGAAAAAGUCUGGCAAAUUAUUGUUCCUGGGCCUGGAUAAUGCUGGCAAAACCACACUCUUGCAUAUGCUCAAAGAUGAUAAGCUGGCGCAGCAUGUGCCCACACUGCAUCCAACAUCCGAGGAGCUGUCCAUCGGCAACAUGCGCUUCACUACAUUCGACUUGGGUGGCCACACUCAGGCACGACGCGUCUGGAAGGACUACUUCCCUGCUGUGGACGCCAUCGUUUUCUUAAUAGACGCCUGGGACCGUGGCCGCUUCCAGGAGAGCAAAAACGAGCUGGAUUCGCUGCUCACGGAUGAGGCGCUGUCCAACUGCCCCGUGCUCAUAUUGGGCAACAAAAUCGAUAAGCCCGGCGCGGCUAGCGAGGAUGAGCUGAGAAACGUGUUCGGACUGUAUCAGCUAACAACCGGCAAGGGCAAAGUUGCACGCGCCGAUUUGCCCGGCCGUCCUCUGGAAUUGUUCAUGUGCUCCGUGCUGAAGCGACAGGGCUACGGCGAGGGUUUCCGUUGGCUGGCGCAGUAUAUCGAUUAAGUCAGCAUUAGCAACCACCACCAGCACCAUAUUUUCAAGAACACCACUCAACACUCAAAACCGAAAACUUGGCUACAAAAUUUCCAAAAAUGAUUAGAGACCGCAGAAAGAACAGAACCCAAGGGAUGUGAACCCAGCCCAAUUCAAACCGUCAGACCUUAAGCAAAACGAAGCUGCGUGCGCAAUUUCUAAUUUAUACAAAACAAUUACAAAUAUUUCAUAAUAAUAAAAAAAAAAAAACAGAAAACCAUACAAUGUACAUCUGUAACACACAAGAAAUCGCGGGAAAAACAGAACACAACAUCAAAGUGAAGACAACUUUUCUAUCUGGAACAUCGGGAUACAUUGUAAGGAGCUGAAGGAUGCGCGGAGUGCGCAAGGGAAACUUUUAAUAAUAAUUAUGAGUAACAAAUUAUAGCAAAUUAAAGGUGAUUUAUUUAAGAGCAUGUGCUUUCAACGAACGCUGUUUCGCCAAUAAAAUGUAGCCACCUACCUUUAUUUCAAGUUUAUGAAUUGUAAAUGUCGCUAUUGAUUUCCUAAAUAGUUUACUUUGGCCGCAAAACAUUAUGUACAUCCCUAUAAGGAUUCGACCUCCGAUAAAUGGUACACCUUAGUUUAGCUAAAAAUUUUAAGUUGCAUGUCAUCGAUGUACUUUGUUUCUUUUAUACAAUACGAAAGGGAAAGCAAUUUAUAUAAAAAAGCAUUUUUGUUUGCAGACAGAAUUCUAAAUAAAACGGAGAAAAGUAAUUUUGUAAAAU